UUUAAAAUUAGAGAAACAAGGAAAAGAAUAUAAAAAAAAGAAAUGUUUGACCUUUAAACUAUAGUUGAUGCAUAUAAAGCUUAAUAAAUCUAAAUUCCAUACAGAAAAAUCCUUUUUAUAAUAAAAAUGAAUAAUUAAAAAUAAAUAGCUGAGAGAGUGAUUUCUAAAAUAAAUUUAGAUUGAAAGGGAAACUGUAUAGAAACUUGCCUGAAAAGUAGAAUAAAAUAAUUAAGCAAAUAUAUUUAAUUUACUUAAAUAGUAAACGAAAAAUUGUAAUUAAAUUGAUGUAUUAAUAAAUUUUAGGAAGUAGUAGAAAUGAAAAAAGAAGUAGAGGUUAUUAAUCAGAUAUUAGAAGAAGAAAUAAAUAAAAGAAAAUGAG